CUUUCUCCUUCGUCCCGACCCUGUCUCCUUUCACUUCGGUACUUACUUGAACUUGCAGGACGAUAGAAAUGGGCGGCACUUUUGGACGACCACGGCAUCCUGCCAUGACAAGCCCUACUAGCAUCAAAGAGCUUUCUAAAAUCAUUUCUGACUCUGUGGCCUCACUCGAGAAGGUGUGCAAGAAAAACAAGACACUGUUCCCUAGUCUCGACGAACCAUUCUCGCCACCGUCUGAAGCCUUCCGUUCCGACCCUGAGGCUGCAGAAGCUGCGAAUAAGAUCGCUGCGGCUGCCCUCCAGCUUGCUGCGACUGUUCUUCCACCCCCUGCUGCUCUUUUCACAGUCGUGUCAGGUCAUUUCAAAUCGGCUGCUCUGAGAGUCUGUCUGGAAGCCAAUGUCACGGAGAUACUACGCGAAGCUGGUCCCAAGGGCCUUCAUGUUGACAAAAUUGCCGAGAAAAGCAAGAUUUCUGGCAUGAAACUUGCACGACUCAUGCGAUACCUUGCCACCCACCAUGUCUAUAAGGAAAUAGAGCCAGACGUCUUCACCAACACCCGCAUCUCGUCGAUGUUGGACACAGGAAAAUCGGUAGAGGAGUUAUUCGCAUCACCUGCUAGCAAACAUGACAACACCCAUGGAUUCCCCGCUCUGGCUGGACACCACCUCGAUGAAGUGACCAAAUCGGCUGCAUAUCUCUGGGAGACCAUGACGGACCCAGCCUCCGCUGAUUCUGGCGAGGUGACAAAGACGGCUUUCAACCGAGCCUUCAAUGAAGAGCUCCCCAUCUGGGCAUGGUUUGAAAACCCUGAUCAAAACUUACGUCUUCGCCGGUUUGGGUCUGCAAUGCAAGGUGUAGCGGCUUUACAGCCUGCUGACGCCAUUUUGUCAGCGUUCGACUGGAAGGCCUUGCCCAAGGACUCCAUUGUCGUUGAUGUUGGCGGUGGCGUCGGGACAUCCUCACUGGUCCUUGCGGAAACAUUCCCUGAACUCAAGAUUGUGGUACAGGACAGGCCAUCGGUUGUCGAGGAGGGAACCAAGCUGUGGAAUACCAAGCUACCGAAAGCUCUAGAAUCCGGUCAGGUCAAACUACAAGGUCACGAUUUCUUUACGGCACAACCUAUCACGAACGCCUCCGUCUUCCUCCUCAAGCAAAUCAUGCACGAUUGGUCCGACUCCUAUGCAAGCAAAAUUCUUGUGGAAUUGCGGAAAGUAGCCAAACCAGACACCAAGCUCGUCCUUGUCGACAGUCUCAUGCCUUUCGCGUGCCGCUAUACAGAGUCCGAUGCAAAGAAUGCUGUUCCCGGUGCCGUUCCACAAGAGGCUCCAGAGCCUCUUCUUGCGAAUUAUGGUGCUGCGAACGAGAUGGGGUACAACGGUGAUUUGACUAUGCUUCUCCUAUUCAAUUCGCUUGAGCGAACUGUCAAACACCUCUCAGCGCUCCUUGAGAGUACUGGAUGGCGCCUGACAAGAGUCAGGCGGGACGGAGCGAAUAACUUCCUCCAACCUGUGGAGGCCGUCCCCAUUUAGGGGGUUUCCUUGACUGUAGAUGACACUAACGAACCUAUCCAACGAAAACAUUCUACGUCUCCAUGGCUCUGCAAUUGCUUUCCCUUGAUGUUGUAGAUUAGAUCGUUGUUGUAUAUAGUACUGUUCUAUCUACAAAUGUAAAUUUGUCUUUG